UUACUGCCUCCCGUCCUCUCGCCUUCUUCCUCCUUCCUCCUUUCCGUCGACUCUCACUGCUCAGAGCAGACCAUGCCAAUGCCGUGCGAUGCACCGUCAUCGCCAUGAUUCCGAUUCCUCCACCCAUCGAUUCCUUCCCUCCGUAUUCUGAUUCCCUUCUCCACCACCAUCCUCCUUUUAUUCCCGCCUCGCUCUCGAUGCACUCCCCAUCCCCAUUCCCGGCCUUCGCCGCCGGCAAUCGCAAUCGCAAAUUCGCAAUGCCUCGCCCAAUCAUCCUCUUCUUCUUCUUCGUCUUCCUCGGGCCACACGCCGCCGCCUCACCGGACCGCGACAUCUACGCGCUCGCCAAGCUCAAGGCCGCCCUCGUCCCCAACCCUUCGUCCUCGCCAUCCACCGCGCUCGCCGACUGGGACCCGGCCGCCGUCUCCCCAUCCCACUGCAGCUUCUCCGGCGUCACCUGCGACCCAGCCACCUCCCGCGUCGUCUCCAUCAACAUCACCUCCGUCCCGCUCCACACCGGCGGCCAACUCCCGCCGGAGCUCGCGCUCCUCGACGCGCUCACCAACCUCACCAUCGCCGCCUGCUCCCUCCCCGGCCUCCUCCCCCUCCACCCCAACAUCCCCUCCCUCCCCAACCUCCGCCACCUCAACCUCUCCAACAACAACCUCAUCGGCCCCUUCUUCCUCCCCGACUCCGUCACCACCACCCCGUACUUCCCUUCCCUCGAGCUCCUCGACUGCUACAACAACAACCUCUCGGGCCCGCUCCCUCCCUUCGGCGCCCCCCACUCGGCAACCCUCCGCUACCUCCAGCUCGGCGGCAACUACUUCUCCGGCCCGAUCCCGCCGUCCUACGGCCACCUCGCCUCGCUCCGCUACCUCGGCCUCAACGGCAACGCGCUCUCCGGCCGCGUGCCCCCGGAGCUCGCGAGGCUUGCGAAGCUCGAGGACCUCUACCUCGGCUACUUCAACCAGUACGACGGCGGGGUGCCCCCCGAGUUCGGGGAGCUGGCGAGCCUCGUGCGGCUCGACAUGAGCAGCUGCAACCUCACGGGCCCGGUCCCGCCGGAGCUCGGCAAGCUGUCCAAGCUCCAGACGCUCUUCCUCCUCUGGAACCGCCUCCAGGGCGCCAUCCCGCCGGAGCUCGGCGAGCUCGCCAGCCUCCAGUCGCUCGACCUCUCCGUCAACGAGCUCGCCGGUGAAAUCCCAGUCUCCCUGGGGAAGCUGAGUAAUCUCAAACUCCUCAACCUGUUCCGGAACCACCUCCGCGGGGACAUCCCGGCGUUCGUGGCGGAGCUCCCGGGGCUCGAGGUGCUGCAGCUGUGGGAGAACAACCUCACGGGGAGUCUCCCGCCGGGGCUGGGGAAGAAGGGUCCGCUGAAGACGCUCGACGUCACCACGAACCAUCUCACGGGCCUCGUGCCGCCGGACCUCUGCGCGGGGAACAAGCUCGAGACGCUAGUGCUCAUGGACAACGGCUUCUUCGGCCCGAUCCCGGCUUCCCUCGGCGCCUGCAAGACGCUCGUCAGGGUGCGUCUGAGCAGGAACUUCCUUAGCGGUGCUGUGCCGGCGGGUCUCUUCGACCUGCCGGACGCCAACAUGCUGGAGCUCACCGAUAAUCUGCUCUCCGGCGAGCUCCCCGACGUGAUCGGCGGGGGUAAAAUCGGGAUGCUGCUGCUGGGGAACAACGGGAUUGGUGGGAGGAUACCGGCGGCCAUCGGCAACCUCCCGGCGCUGCAGACGCUGUCGCUGGAGUCCAACAACUUCUCCGGCGAGCUCCCGACGGAGAUCGGCAGGCUGAGGAACCUGUCGCGGCUCAACGUCAGCGGGAACUCCCUCACCGGCGCCAUCCCCGAGGAGAUCACUAGCUGCGCGUCGCUGGCCGCCGUCGACGUCAGCCGCAACCGCCUGUCCGGCGAGAUCCCCCAGAGCGUGACGUCGCUCAAGAUCCUGUGCACGCUGAAUUUGUCCAGGAACGCCAUUGGAGGGAGCAUCCCGCCCGCCAUGGCCAACAUGACGAGCCUCACGACGCUCGACGUCUCCUAUAACCGGCUCUCCGGCCCCGUCCCUUCGCAGGGGCAGUUCCUCGUGUUCAACGAGAGCUCCUUCCUCGGCAACCCCGGCCUCUGCAAUGCCGGAGCCGACAACGACGACUGCUCAUCUUCAUCUUCCUCGUCUCCGGCGGCCGGCGGGGGUCUGCGGCAUUGGGACUCGAAGAAGACGCUGGCGUGCCUGGUGGCCGUCUUCCUCGCGCUGGCCGCCGCCUUCAUCGGCGCGAAGAAAGCCUGCGAGGCAUGGCGAGAGGCGGCGCGGCGACGGUCGGGGGCGUGGAAGAUGACGGUGUUCCAGAAGCUCGACUUCUCGGCGGAGGACGUGGUGGAGUGCCUCAAGGAGGACAACAUCAUCGGCAAGGGCGGCGCCGGGAUCGUGUACCACGGCGCCAUCGUCUCCUCCAGCACCGGCAGCGUCGGGGCCGAGCUGGCCAUCAAGCGGCUGGUGGGCCGCGGGGCCGGCGGCGACAGGGGCUUCUCGGCGGAGGUGGCGACGCUGGGCCGGAUCAGGCACCGGAACAUCGUGAGGCUGCUGGGCUUCGUCUCCAACAGGGAGGCCAACCUGCUGCUGUACGAGUACAUGCCCAACGGCUCCCUCGGCGAGAUGCUCCAUGGCGGCAAGGGCGGCCACCUCGGCUGGGAGGCCAGGGCGAGGGUGGCGCUCGAGGCGGCCAGGGGGCUCUGCUACCUCCACCAUGACUGCGCGCCCAGGAUCAUCCACCGGGACGUCAAGUCCAACAACAUACUGCUCGAUUCGGCGUUCGAGGCGCACGUCGCCGACUUCGGCCUCGCCAAGUUCCUCGGCGGCGCUGGUGCCGGCGGCGGCAAUGGCGCCUCCGAGUGCAUGUCCGCCAUCGCCGGCUCCUACGGCUACAUCGCCCCAGAGUAUGCUUACACGCUGCGGGUGGACGAGAAGAGCGACGUGUACAGCUUCGGCGUGGUGCUACUGGAGCUCGUCACGGGACGUCGCCCUGUUGGUGGGUUCGGUGAAGGCGUAGACAUCGUGCAUUGGGUUCACAAGGUCACCGCCGAGCUUCCCGACACCGCCGCCGCCGUCCUAGCCAUCGCCGAUCGCCGCCUCAGCCCGGAACCCGUGGCGUUGGUGGCGGGCCUGUACGACGUGGCCAUGGCGUGCGUCGAGGAAGCGAGCACUGCCCGGCCCACCAUGCGCGAGGUCGUGCAAAUGCUCUCGCAGCCCGUCAUCGCAGCCGCGGCCGCCGGCGAUGCUGCCCAGCCCGACGACCUCCUCGUCUCCUACUGAGGACGACAAGCUACUGCUUAGCCUGCUCUAAGAAUCGUGCAAUCUUACCUAAUUAGCCGCUAAUUUUUGGUUUUGCUUGGUGCUUAAUUUUGUGGCGUCUGAAUGUGUGUAAGCAAUAACAUUUAGCUAGCGCUAGCACUAUCUACUCCCUGAAGGCUGAAACUGAAGACCAAGGCGAAGGCUGUCAGACUAGAUGUUGCUUUGCUGUGCCAUUGUGCAUAGCUGAAUGAAUGGGUGAAUGAAUGAAUAUAUGUACAUAUUAGCAAAAUCCCAAUCCAAAACAAUCCCCAAAAGAUCGAAUUCUUUUCUGAAAAAAGGCCUCGGAAAUGAAUCGAUUUGUGAGCUUGACAGA